AUGACUGACUCCAAGUAUUUCACAACCAAUAAAAAGGGAGAAAUCUUUGAAUUAAAGGCUGAACUCAACAAUGAAAAGAAAGAAAAGAGGAAGGAAGCUGUGAAGAAAGUGAUUGCUGCUAUGACCGUGGGAAAGGAUGUUAGCUCUCUCUUUCCAGAUGUAGUGAACUGUAUGCAGACUGACAACCUGGAACUGAAGAAACUUGUGUAUCUUUACUUGAUGAACUAUGCUAAGAGUCAGCCAGACAUGGCCAUCAUGGCUGUCAACAGCUUUGUGAAGGACUGUGAAGAUCCUAAUCCAUUGAUUCGGGCUUUGGCAGUCAGAACCAUGGGCUGCAUCCGGGUGGACAAGAUUACAGAAUAUCUCUGUGAGCCUCUCCGCAAGUGCUUAAAGGAUGAAGACCCCUAUGUUCGCAAAACAGCGGCAGUCUGUGUAGCAAAGCUCCAUGAUAUCAAUGCCCAAAUGGUAGAAGAUCAGGGAUUCCUGGAUUCUCUGCGAGAUCUCAUAGCAGAUUCAAAUCCAAUGGUGGUGGCUAAUGCUGUCGCAGCGUUGUCUGAAAUCAGCGAGUCUCACCCAAACAGCAAUCUACUUGAUCUGAACCCACAGAACAUUAAUAAGCUGCUGACAGCCCUGAAUGAGUGCACUGAAUGGGGCCAGAUUUUCAUCCUUGACUGCCUAUCGAAUUAUAACCCUAAAGACGACCGAGAGGCUCAGAGCAUCUGUGAGCGGGUAACUCCCCGGCUAUCCCAUGCCAACUCAGCAGUGGUGCUCUCAGCGGUAAAAGUCCUAAUGAAAUUUCUAGAGUUGUUACCCAAGGACUCUGACUACUACAGUAUGCUGCUGAAGAAGCUAGCCCCUCCACUUGUCACUUUGCUGUCCGGGGAGCCAGAGGUGCAGUAUGUUGCCUUGAGGAACAUCAACCUAAUUGUCCAAAAAAGGCCUGAAAUCUUGAAGCAGGAAAUCAAAGUGUUUUUUGUGAAGUACAAUGAUCCCAUCUACGUUAAACUAGAGAAGUUGGACAUCAUGAUUCGUUUGGCAUCCCAAGCCAACAUUGCUCAGGUUUUGGCAGAACUGAAGGAAUAUGCCACAGAGGUAGAUGUUGACUUUGUUCGCAAAGCAGUACGAGCCAUUGGACGGUGUGCCAUCAAGGUGGAGCAAUCUGCAGAGCGCUGUGUGAGCACAUUGCUUGAUCUCAUCCAGACUAAAGUAAAUUAUGUGGUCCAAGAGGCGAUUGUUGUCAUCAGGGACAUCUUCCGCAAGUAUCCCAAUAAGUAUGAAAGUAUCAUUGCUACUUUAUGUGAGAACUUAGACUCGCUGGAUGAGCCAGAUGCCAGAGCAGCUAUGAUUUGGAUUGUGGGAGAAUAUGCUGAAAGAAUUGACAAUGCUGAUGAGUUACUGGAGAGCUUCCUGGAGGGUUUUCAUGAUGAAAGCACCCAGGUGCAACUCACUCUGCUUACUGCCAUAGUUAAGCUAUUUCUUAAGAAACCAUCAGAAACACAGGAGCUGGUCCAGCAGGUGUUGAGUUUGGCAACCCAGGAUUCUGAUAACCCUGAUCUUCGAGACCGGGGCUAUAUUUACUGGCGCCUUCUCUCAACGGACCCUGUCACAGCCAAAGAAGUAGUCUUAUCUGAGAAGCCACUGAUAUCUGAGGAAACAGACCUUAUUGAGCCAACUCUGCUGGACGAACUAAUCUGCCACAUUGGUUCUUUGGCCUCUGUGUACCAUAAGCCUCCCAAUGCUUUUGUAGAAGGAAGUCAUGGAAUUCAUCGCAAACACUUGCCAAUUCAUCAUGGAAGCACUGAUGCAGGUGAUAGCCCUGUUGGCACCACCAGUGCAGCCAACCUGGAACAGCCUCAGGUUAUACCCUCUCAAGGUGACCUUCUAGGGGACCUUUUAAAUCUUGACCUUGGUCCUCCAGUCAAUGUGCCACAGGUAUCCUCCAUGCAGAUGGGAGCAGUGGAUCUCUUGGGAGGAGGACUUGAUAGUCUGCUUGGCAGUGACCUUGGCGGGGGCAUUGGAGGAAGUCCGGCAGUUGGCCAGUCCUUUAUCCCAUCAUCAGUGCCUGCAACCUUUGCUCCUUCACCUACUCCAGCUGUGGUCAGCAGUGGUCUGAAUGACCUUUUUGAACUCUCCACAGGGAUAGGCAUGGCACCUGGUGGAUAUGUGGCGCCUAAAGCUGUCUGGCUACCUGCAGUGAAAGCUAAAGGCUUAGAGAUUUCAGGAACGUUCACUCACCGCCAAGGGCACAUCUAUAUGGAAAUGAACUUCACCAACAAAGCUUUGCAGCACAUGACAGACUUUGCCAUCCAGUUUAAUAAGAACAGUCUUUCCAAAUGUCUUUCUCCAAUACUUUCUGUCAUUGAAUGUUGCUGUGGAAAAGUCAAUAAGCAGCCUGAUUUUUCUCUCAUUCAGCUCAUUGAACCCAUUUCUUCACUGCUUGUGGCUGUGAAAAACAAUAUUGAUGUCUUCUACUUCAGCUGCCUAAUCCCUCUCAAUGUACUUUUUGUAGAAGAUGGCAAAAUGGAGCGCCAGGUCUUCCUUGCAACAUGGAAGGAUAUUCCCAAUGAAAAUGAACUUCAGUUUCAGAUUAAGGAAUGUCAUUUAAAUGCUGAUACUGUUUCCAGCAAAUUGCAAAACAACAAUGUUUAUACUAUUGCCAAGAGGAAUGUGGAAGGGCAGGACAUGCUGUACCAAUCCCUGAAGCUCACUAAUGGCAUUUGGAUUUUGGCUGAGCUGCGUAUCCAGCCUGGAAACCCCAAUUAUACGCUGUCGCUGAAGUGUAGAGCUCCUGAAGUCUCUCAGUACAUCUAUCAGGUUUAUGACAGCAUUUUGAAAAACUAA